AUGGAGAAGGUUAUAGAGACGGAGCAAACUGAGCUGCAACCUAUGUUCAAGAACGCUAAGAAGAAGCUCCUGAAGCAGCAGAGAUACAAAGUGAAGAAAGCGGAGAAAUGCCUUUGCGAAAGAGCAGAAGAAGAGAGAGGUCAUCCCUUAAUGUUAUUUGGAGAGUAUAUUAGGAUUUUGGCAAAAUAUCUGUCAUUAGACUCCAAGCCAAUUCAGGAAGAAGCUAAUUCCCAUAGAUGGAACAGGCAGAUUAAGUAUUGUUAUGCUGUAAACGGCAGAAGUGCUUCUCCGGCCCAUCUUUGGUUGAUCAGCUGUGUGGGAGAAAUGCAAAACCAUCUCCAGAGACUUCCCGGAUAUGAUAAGUGCGCAAUUGAGAAGGGGACUAGCCGAAGCAUUCCAAGAUCAGAAAGAAAAGUCAUUCCUCAAAGGAAAAGAUGCAAGUCUGACUCGGGAGACUCUGGUGGAGAGGUAGAAUGGAAUGAUAGUGGUGAAGAGAAAGAUGAAAAAACAAUUGGAAUGUUAGAAGGCGAAGAUGUUGAAAAUAAAGAUGAUCUAAAGAUAAAAAGGCAAUGCAUUGAAACUUAG